AUGCGAACUCGAUUUCUGAACAUCGACUACUUUGCCUCUUCUCCCCUGGAAACACUAACAUUCCUGAAUCUCCCAGUUCCUCACCUCCCUGCUUUACGGCUCGCAUUCUCUAAUGAAGACGAGCUUCUCCGCUUCGAUUAUAUUCUCAAUCUCCCUCUCACGAUCGAGAGGCUACCUAUCGAUGCCGCUCUCUCGAAGUUUUUUUCUGAUGUUAUUCCGGAUAAAUUUGGCGUCGAACAUGAAGAUUUUGAGGCUACUAGUUCUAGGAAUGGAGAUAGUUGCUUCGACGGGCGGAGGGGCUUGUGCUCUGUAGUUGUUGAUACAGGCUUCUUCGAGAAGGAAGCCGAGGUUCUUUAUGAAGAAAAGGAUGUGGGAAAUAAGUGGGCGUUUAUGUCCGAAACUAUGAAGCAGAUUGAUGAGACUGCUGAUGACGGUAAGAAUACACAUAGGUUUGAAGUGGUCCAAUUUGAGGUGCCAGAGCCGGAUAGCCUCCUGAAAACUCCUUGCUUUUAUGAGGACUGGGAAAUCAGAAAUCUUUCUCAAGUUCCUGAGAUAGAAAACCAUCCGGACAUGGUAAAACCAGGGCUUAUUAUGCAGUCCUCUAGUGAGGCUGAACAAGCAAUCUAUUCUCUUGAUUAUGUUUCUUCUGAGUAUCACAUUCGAGAAAAGACUCCAGUUAUAGAAGAUAGUGGUUCUUCCUGGGAUCAAAUACUCUUACAACACUGUGGAUUCCCCCUUCUAGAAGUGGAUGAAAUAAGUCUAACAAAAUUGACAGGCCGGUCUAUGGAGGCUGAACUUCUUUUGUUUCUUGAUAAAAUCCAAACCCAAAACUGGAAUAAAAACAAUGAUCUACUUGCUAAUGAGAGAGAAUCUCUGGGCUCUAUCAAGUAUGGUGUCUUAGAGUUUCUUGCAGAUAAUUCUCAGUCAAAGCAGUUUAUUGAUUCUGACUCAGAAUCGUUUGGUAUGUUUGUGGAAAUGGAUAUCAUAAGUGUGGUGGAAAUGUCACAGACUGAAGGAAGCUCUGUAUUUUGUGGACCAAAAUCUGAUCAUUACUUUUCAUUUGUUAGCCCCUUAAUCUUUCAAGAACCCCAGGUCCUUGACGUGGAUAUGUCCCAAAAGUUUGAAGUCUUCCUUUCUACGCAACCAACCAAUAAAACUGAAACAUGCGAUUGCAUGUUCAAGGAAGACACGAACUUUAAAAAUUUCAGUAACUUGAUUGUCAGUCAUGAGCUAGCCUUGGUAGAUGACACAUUCAAAUCUUUGCCUGUUCCUAUUCUUUCCAAUCAUGGAAAGAUAAAGUCACUAUAUGCAACUAUUAAGGAGAUGCUGCUUGAUUUAAAGCCUCAGCCCUUAUCUGCAUCUGAUGGAAUAUACCUGGAUUGGUUUCUUUUAGAGGAUGAUAAACAUGGCAAUAACGUAUGUUUUUCUUAUCAAGAUAUGCUAAAGGAAAUAAAUUGGUGCAGCAUUAAUUUCCAUAGUGAACUUUUUGAUGAGACGGAUUUUGUUUUUGACUUCAUUUUUUCUGAUGAUGCUUUGAAUGGGUGUAACAUGGAAGAAUAUAAAGAAUUGCUUAAUACUCAUUCAGAUUACAGUUUUCCACUUGAUGAUAAUUUCAUUGGAGUCAUUUCUGGUGAGUUGUUGGACAUUCGACAACCAAAACCAGGAAUUGAAGAACAACCAGCGGAAUAUAAAUCUGAAAAGAAGGCCUUAUUAUCCAAAUUCAGUAAUCUACAUCUUUUCUUGGGUCCUUUGAAUGAUGGAUCUGUAGUUGAGGCUUCUAAUGCUUGUGCUGAAUCUCUAGAGGUUCCAUCCGAUGGUUUGGAAGCAUCAUGCUCAUUGAGUAAUCUUCAAUUAAAGCAGUGGAAUAUAAUUUCUCAUACUGUUAAGUUGUCUAGUGAAAUUGUAUCUCUCGUUGAUCACUUUGAAAAGAGGCAAGCUUCCACAACUCUUCCUUUUGGCAUAUUCAGCAUUGUUCUUGAAUAUGGAGGUUCAUCUCGCUCAUCUAGAGUUUCAUUCCCUUCCUCAAAAUGGUCUAGCUUGCCUCAUCUUCAUUUCAUAAAUGUAGAAGUGGAUAACUUAAGUGCUCUGAGUGCACUCUGCGAAGGUGUUGGUAUGCCCCAAAUUAUCAAAAUGACCAUGGAAAGAGAUUCUGAUUCAAGCAAGGCCCUGGAUGAAAUUAUGGAAAAGCAGAGGUUGGAGGAAUUGCUGAACUUUGUUCCUCUUGAAGGCAAGUGCAAUAUGGGAUCUCUAGAGGCUGUAGGCAGAAGAGAUUGUUCCUCUUUUGCAGUGGCAUCUGAUCUUAUUCAGCAGAAUGUUAUGUCUUCCCCUACUACAGUGAUUGUUGUAAACACUCAAAAUUUUGACAAGGAAAUGAUAAUAUCCAGAAGAAGUACCUACCAGAAAAUUCUUGCAAUGGAGAAAGAAGGUGCACAAGUUAUAGAACGGGAUUCAAAUCUGCCUGUGGAUCUUAUGCUCAGUCCUGCAAUUUGCCUUGUCUGGUAUGAUUGCAGAACCAUUGGAAUGAAAGCAGCUGCUUUGGUUGAAGAUUCUUCAUGCUUACCUCUGUGCAUUGAGAAUAUUGCAACAACUAUUUUGACAAUGCUGAGUUUUGCUUUCAGUUGCUGCAUCCUGAUAUUUGAGGGGGAAUCCACCUCCCUCUCUAUGGUAAUGGAAUCUUCUGGUGAACUUUAUGCUGCUGCAGCAAGCCUGGGCAUUGAUUUACAGCUCUUUUGCUCCUAUUCAGCUGACUUAACCGCUGAAAUCAUAUUGGGUUGCAUUGGAUAUGCUGUUAAGUUGACCAGGGCCCUAUAUCCCAAAAUGCUUGAGUCAGAAAGUCUUGCGGAAUCGUUUCUUACCAAAUUUCCUUCAAUUAAUCCACUAACUGCGCAUGCUAUGCUGUCUUCAGGAGGCAUGCUCAAUGAAUUCUUGGAGCUGACGAAUGAGCAAAGGAUCCUUGCAUUGCAAAGAUAUUACAUUCCAGUUGAAAGUAUUGCUUUAUUUAGUGCUUUGUGUAGAUAUGGUGAGCGAGAGGACUCAAAAUCAAUAAUGACAGAUUGCUCGUCUUCGGUUUCUUCGGGUCCUGACUCUGAUAAGUGUCAUUUUAAGCUUGAUUCUAUGAGGGAACAAACAUACGUUAAUGGUCCUCAAAAAGUUGACAUAAGUAUAGAUGACUUUUUGCAGUCCGAGCCCUUCAACCAAAUCACUGAUGAGAUCCUGAAUCCUUCUGGAGUACCCAAACCAUAUGACUCUUGUAUGCCUAAAGACCCGGAUAGAUUUGCUGAGGAUAGAGAGCCAGGUUCAUUUUUAGAGCACAUGCUUGAUCAGAAACGGGUAUUGGGUCUCGCUGUGAAUAGCAAUCCUACCAGAAUUCCAAGGCAGAACGAUUCUCGAAUAUAUGGAGUCACAAUGCGAAAUAAAUCUUUAAAAGAAAAAUUUUUGGGUCAAAAUCAGAAAACAGAAUUAUCUCUGACGGACAACUUGGGUUGGUGGAGCACCCGUAACUCUGGCAAUCUGCAUGAGGACUUCAUCGGGGAACUUGUAGAUCUCACUGACGGUUCCUCACCGUUUGAGGACAUAUAUCCAGCAGCUAAUUCGCUGUCUCUGACAAACGAGAUAGAAGAAGACUCCCCAAAACAGUCUGCAAUUGCAAGAAGAUUGUCUUUUGAUUACCCUAGUUUCCCAACAGCUGCUGAGAUAAACUCUGAUACGUACUUACAUGGUUCCCUGAAGGAUCAAAGACAAAAUUUCCAAGGACUUAAUGAUAAUGCAGUUACAGAUGGUAACAAUGAUAAGUUACCUUUAGUAACACCAAAAAGACGCUUAGAGGAGGUCUUAAUGCAGAAAUCUGCAGGUUCGAAAAGGUUAUCAUUCAAAGAAGAGAUAUCGUAUUAUGGUGGAACACCAUUCUCAAAAGCUAUCCGUUCCGCCAACUCACAACCGGGUUCGCCCUGGACAACAGAAUUUCUUAACAGAAUAAGAGAAAAAAGCAGACUGCGCCAGCAGGCCCGUCUUUGUGACUCCUCUACCCCUUGUUUCGAGGCUUCGAGGAAUAUAUCGAAGACUGCCAAGAGAAAAAGCCCAUCUAUUUUGGAAUUUUUUAAGUAUCAACGAAGCAGCACUCCUAGGGAAAGCCCAGGGCGGAAGAAUCAGAAGCAAUCAAGUCAAUCAUCAUGCUUACCCAAGGGAAAAAGGAAUUCAGCAUUGCUUCCUUCAUCAUGUACACCAGUUGAUAAAAGAGCAAGACAGACCCUAUCAUUUGCAAUAAAUGAAAAUGGAAGCCAAACAAAGCUGGUCUGGAGUGAUGGCAGUGCUCAUCAUUUGAAAAAGUUCCGAAAACAAAAAUUGGAAAAGCAGGAAGGCUCAUACCAAUAAAUUGGUGUGGCAUCAUCUUAUUACCAGUUGUUUUUAAAGGCUUUACAUGACAUCCUUA